CCUACCAAAUCGCCUCUCAGGGCGAUCCAAGUAAAGCAGAUGACUACAUCAGAACCGGUACAGGGAAGCUGGGAGCUGGAACCCAGCAGGCCUCGGGUCCUCCUUGCUGCUUCAGGGAGUGUAGCUGCUAUAAAAUUCGAGAGCCUCUGUCGUGUCUUCUCCGAGUGGGCGGAAGUCCGAGCUGUGGCCACCAAGUCAUCAUUGCACUUUGUUGAUAGAUCAUCUCUCCCUAGCGACGUCAUUCUUUACACUGAUGAUGAUGAGUGGUCUACCUGGACGAAGAUAGGAGACGAGGUUCUGCACAUAGAGCUGCGGAAGUGGGCAGACAUCAUGGUGAUCGCCCCCUUAUCUGCAAAUACCCUGGCCAAGAUCGCUGGUGGGUUAUGCGACAACCUCCUGACGUGCAUAGUGCGAGCAUGGGACUACAAGAAGCCGAUCUUCGUCGCGCCAGCCAUGAACACCUUCAUGUGGAACAACCCGUUCACGGCGCGCCACAUCGAGACGAUCAGUCAACUCGGCAUUUCCCUGGUCCCGCCCACCACGAAAAGGCUGGCCUGCGGCGACUACGGAAACGGCGCGAUGGCUGAGCCCUCGCAGAUCCACACGACCGUGAGGCUCGCGUGCAAGUCGCAGACGUUCGGCAUGGGCAUUUCGCCUGCGAACCCUUCCAGCAGCCGCCCUGUCUAGCUGAUGCGAUGAUGGGUCAGUGUGUUCAGGUGUUUAUGCUUAGUACUUGAGUUCUUCUGUGCCGCCAACAUCUGGGUGUUUAUCGGCGAUGUCUGUAUUGACCCAACAUGUAGUACCUAUGGAUCAGCAUAUUUGUUACUGUAGUAGAUGUUACUCCCUCCGUCCCAUAAUAUAAGAGCGUUUUUUACACUAGUGUAGUGUCAAAAAUGCUCUUAUAUUAUGGGACAGAGGUACUUAUUAGGCCAUAGAGACUGAGGAAUUGAUGUUAUUCCAGCCACAGUGUUAUGUUAUGUUAUCUAUGGAUGAAUCUGCUUCCGUUGUUUC